CAACCUCUAACAUCUUCAAGGCCCAGCCCAUAUUGCGCUCUCUAUCGUCUCCCUCUCGCCUUCGCAUCGCCAGCAGAGUCAAGUGGCAGCGAUCUCCGAUCUGCACAGCGUCCCCUGUUCCCCUCCGCCGCUGCACACUGCCCAGCUGAAAGUUAACGAGUCAAUGGCGGGACCAGGGAGCUCAAUGCUCUACUCGUUUCUUCUGCUCACCGUGAUCCUCUCGCUUCAAGAGGUCUACAGAGGGAAGUUGGCCUCGUCGGAGCUGUUCACUAUCCUCGGAGGCUUCACCAGCUCUCUUCUCUUCCUCGUCUCCCUAACGUUCAUAGGUAAUUUUCAGGAGGCAAGUGGCAUGAAGACCAGUUGGGGUGCAGUCAUAUUAGCUGAAGCAAUAGCUCUAAUCGCUGCUAGCACUGUUCAUCGGGUUUGCAUCACAACAUGCUUCUUGUUCUCCGCUGGACUGCUUUAUGAGGUUAACAAGAUUUCGGGAUUGAUGCUUUCUAAGAGUGAAUCUAAAUCCAAGAGGCACUGAGCUCGUUUUACGAUUAGCAUUAGAAUGACUGUGACCAGUAAGUUUUGUUCAAAACUUUCAAAUACAGUGAGUUGUAUCAGAUAUAUUACUGAAACCAAGAGCCGAGUACUAUCCUUACUGUUGUCAGUUGAACUCGUAAAAUCUCAUUUAGAUACUACAUAUGCAGUUUAUACCGUAUUGCGGUAUGUGAUGAUUA